AUGAUCGCGCAGCAGCAGGCCAAGGAGCUAGGCGCGCCGGAGGUCACCUCGGAGUACGUGCUCCUGGGUCUCGUGGCAGAGGAUACCACCUCCAAGCACGGCUACCUGAACAGUGGCAUCACGGAUGACCGGGCGCGCGCGGCGGUGCAGGCCCUCACGAGCGGGCGCCGCAGGGCCGCUGACGACGCCGACAACAUCCCCUUCAGCCGGGAGGUCCGCAAGACUUUCGAGGCCGCCACCAACGAGUGCAAGCGCUCCGCGGUGCCUUACAUCAGCCCCGAGCACAUCCUCCUGGCGCUGCUGGGGCAGCACGAGUGCAUGGGGCGCCGCGUGCUGGUCAGCUUGGGCGCUGACCUGGACGUGCUGCGGUCCGAGGCGGUCAAGCGGCUCAAGGGCGAGGCCGAGGUCGACGCCCCGAAGAAGAAGAAAGCGGAGAAGGAGGGCCCCAAGGCGCUGGAGGAGUACUGCCGUGAUCUGUGCGCGGAGGUCAGGGCCAACAAGGUCGACCCGGUUAUCGGCCGCGAGCGCGAGGUGGCGCGCAUCAUGCAGAUCCUGGGGCGGCGCACCAAGAACAACCCCAUCCUGCUGGGGGAGCCGGGCGUGGGCAAGACGGCCAUCGCGGAGGGCCUGGCCUACGCCAUCGUGCACAAGCAGUCGCUGGACGGCUCCCCGCUGCCGCAGUUCCUGGAGAAGAAGCGCAUCAUGCAGCUUGACGUGGGCCUCCUCAUAGCCGGCGCCAAGGAGCGCGGCGAGCUGGAGAACCGCGUGACGCGGCUGAUGCAGGAGACGCGCGACGCGGGAGACGUCGUGCUCAUGAUCGACGAGAUCCACACGCUGGUGGGCGCCGGCGCCGUGGGCCGCGGCGGCGGCGGUGGCGGCGGGCUGGACAUCUCAAACCUCAUCAAGCCGGCCCUGGCCAGGGGGGACCUGCAGGUGGGCCUACCCCUGGAGCACGUGCGCGUGGCCCCCUGCUAG